CGGUGCGGCCCCAUCCCCGGCCGCCGCCGCCACCGCCGCGGCGAUGCCUAUUUUAGUCAAAGCUGCGGCGGGCGCUGGGACCUGCCCGGGGCGACCCAGUCUCCGAAACCGCCUGCCGGCCGAGACUCGUGCCUUGGACGCCCGUCGAGCCGCUGCGUCGCUGUUCCGCUGCCCUGCCUUUCCAUCGCCAAACUUUGGCCAGCGACGCCCGGGCUCCGUGCCGGGGACAAACCAGGGGCAGUUCAGCAUAAGACAUUUAAGUCCACUCAGGAGUAAUCAAAAUAAGCUGAAACCCAUAAGAUCCCAUCAAUAUUUAAUGACAAGUGGAAUUUUCAACAUGAAUUUUACAGAGUCCAGCCCUCUGGCAGAAUCAACUGCAAUAGGUUUUACACCUGGGUUAGAAAGUCUCACACCUGUGCCUUCAAAUGAGACCACUUGUGAAAACUGGAGAGAGAUACAUCAUCUAGUUUUUCAUGUGGCAAAUAUUUGUUUUGCAGUUGGUUUGGUUAUUCCAACUACUCUUCACCUUCAUAUGAUAUUUCUUAGAGGGAUGUUAACUAUAGGUUGCACCCUUUAUAUCGUCUGGGCCACUCUCUACCGAUGUGCCUUGGAUAUAAUGAUCUGGAACUCUGUGUUCUUGGGCAUCAACAUUUUGCAUCUUUCAUAUCUUUUAUACAAGAAAAGACCGGUCAAGAUUGAAAGGGAACUCACUGGCAUCUACCGUCGAUUAUUUGAACCACUCCAUGUGCCUCCAGAUUUGUUCAGAAGAUUGACUGGACAGUUUUGCAUGAUCCAAACCUUGAAAAAGGGCCAGACGUAUGCCGCAGAGGAUAAAACCUCAGUUGAUGACCGUCUGAGUAUUCUCCUGAAGGGAAAAAUGAAGGUCUCCUAUCGAGGACAUUUUCUGCAUAACAUUUACCCCUGUGCCUUUAUAGAUUCUCCUGAAUUUAGAUCAACUCAGAUGCACAAAGGUGAAAAAUUCCAGGUCACCAUUAUUGCAGAUGAUAACUGCAGAUUUUUAUGCUGGUCAAGAGAAAGAUUAACUUACUUUCUGGAAUCAGAGCCUUUCCUGUAUGAGAUAUUUAGAUAUCUUAUAGGAAAAGACAUUACAAAUAAGCUGUAUUCAUUGAAUGAUCCCACCAUAAAUGAUAAAAAGGCCAAAAAGUUAGAGCACCAGCUCAGCCUUUGCGCACAGAUCUCCAUGCUGGAAAUGAGGAACAGCAUAGCCAGCUCUAGCGAUGGGGAAGACGGUUUACACCAGUUUCUGCGGGGCUCCUCCAGCUUGUCUUCUCUUCACGUGUCUUCCCCACAGCAGCGAUCUUCUACCAAGAUGAAGCCCAUAGAGGAAGGGGUGGAGGAUGAUGACGAGGUCUUUGAACCAGUGUCUCCAAACACAUUGAAAGUUCAUCAGCUGCCUUGAUCAGAAUUCAACUCACCCAGGUGGAAACUGUCCUGAAGAGAUCAUGAGAAAAUACCAGCACUUUUUCAUGGCUUUUAGAUUAUUCUACUUCACUGCACUAAAGCUGGCACAGUCUGAGGGCAGGAAAGUGAGGAAUGGUCAAAGAUAGAAAAGUCAUUUUUCCUGUCCUUUUUAUUCGUCAGCUUUUUUAAGUUUUAUUGAGCCUUCUGUACUAAACCUCAUUCUAUUUUGAGAUAUAUAUUUUCAAAGUAUUUUCUAGAUACAGCCUAGUAUUGUUUUAACUGUUAAAAUCUUAGGGCUCCAAUGCAAAUGCUUUUUCACUUAUUUUUCCAGGUUGCAUCUUAUUUUCCUCAUGGAGAGUUUUUUUUUUCUCUACCAUGGCAAUCUAAAAUAGGUUGUCCAUUUGAUAAUUUUAAUAAAUGAUAUAAGUUGAAAUUAAGGCUAAGGUCAUAUUAGAAAGCAGGGAAUGGUUUGCUUUGCUCAAUUGAUUUUUUUAUGGGAAAUUUUAGAGAAAGAUGCAAUUCGACUGGUUUUCUUUUUCUCCCAGGCUAGAAGUGUUCCUUCACUAGAUUACAUUACUCAUUUGAGCACUGUAAAUAGCUCCAUAAUGACCAAACUCAUCUGAGUGAACUCACAUUGCCCUUAUAUUAUGCCAUGUAUCUACUGGUCUGAAACCUGAAGCUGGAAUGAUAAUAAACAGAAGCAUUUCUGAGCUCA